AUGUCAGCUCUACUUAACGAAAGCACAAUUGAGGAUUUCGUUGUGGAAAGAGGUUUACAUCAGGGUGAUUCCUUGUCGCCAUUUUUGUUCAUUAUUGUCAUGGAAGGAUUAACAACUAUGGUGAAUAAGGCCGUGGAGAUAGGGACUUUUAGAGGUUUUCAUUAUCACGAGGAGGAUUCUGUUGAUGUGUUGCAGUUCGCGAACGACACUAUUAUUUUGGGAGAAGGAACUUACGAUAAUUUUUGGAGUUUAAAAGCAAUUAUGAUGGGUUUUGAGAUGAUGUCAGGAUUCUGCAAAAGAAAAAUGUACGACAUCAACCUCAACGAUUGCCUUCUCAACACGGCUUCUUCAUUCUUGUCCUGCAACAUUGACAGCUUUCCAUUCAGAUUUCUGGGAGUUUUAGUUGGUGACAGUCCUAGGAAAAGUUAUAUGUGGAAGGAGUUAAUCAAGUCUUUGCAAAGGAAGUUGGUUGUGUGGAGAGGAAAGCAUUUAUCCAUGGCGGGUAAAGUUGUUCUCAUAAAUUCAGUUAUGAACGUUAUACCGGUUUAUACGUUAUCUUUCUAUAAAGCUCCAGCAAAAGUGCUUCUUGACAUUUGGCGCAUACAAAGCAAUUUUCUAUGGCGAGGUUGUGUUGAUAAUAGAACAGUGCAUUGGGUUAGUUGGAGGAACGUGUGCAAUCCAAAAGAUAAGGACGAAUUGAGAGUAAAAGACAUCAAAGUGCUCAAUAAAGGUUUGCUUUUAAAAUGGAAGUGGAGAAUUUUAAAGGAGAAGGAUGCGAUAUGGUGUAAAUUAUUGUGUCAUAGAUACGGGAAAUCGGAUAUCAAAGUUAUGAUUGGUAAUAAUUCGAUAUGGAAUAAACACAAUUCCAUUUGGUGGAGGGAUUUGGUUUUGAGUGUCCUCUCAACAAAUUAUGGAUUCUCUAUUUUUGUUAAUAAUUUGCAUUGCAGGAUUGGUUACGGUAGCAAUACAUUGUUUUGGCAUGUGCUUAGGCUGGAAAUCAAUCUUUGA